AUGAGCGGAAUCUCUUCACCAGGCCUUCUUAAUGAAUCUACGCAAGUCAGGAUAGAAACUCUGACGCGACGAAGAGCUAUUUGGUGGUUUUUGGAGAGUUCGAGUUUGUCACCUCCGUGUUUGCAGACGAUCUCGCUUGUGUACCAACUCUUUUCCUCGGCGCUCAUUGUGGCUUUGUUCAUUGUCGACAGUCAGACGAUGAGCCAGCAAACUACGAAUUUCUAUCACAACAUGGAGGUGUGCGCCACAACUGUUUUCACAAUCGAGUACAUAAUGCGAGUCUACAGCUGUGUGGAAUCAGAGAUAGAUGUUGACCUGAUUCCCGGAUGGUCGCGCUGCAAGAUGCGAGUAUGGCUCAUGUGUUCUGCCGCUUCAAUUAUUGAUACGGUCUCGCUGAUCUCGCUGUAUUUGGAUGUGUGUAUUGCCUCGAAUGUUUUUCGAGGAGUGGUAUCCCUACGGCUUCUUCGACUGUUCACCCUGUUUCGUUUGGAGCGAAGACACAAAUUCUUCUCCCCAAUCUUGAUUGUGAUCUCCAACAAACGGACUGAGCUUGGUGCGACUUUAGGCAUUGCAGGUUUGCUGCUGCUGAUCUCUUCCACCUUGAUGUACUAUGUGGAGUCUGCGGUGAAUCCUAAGUUCAACAGCAUUUUGGCAUCCAUGUGGUGGGGGACUGAAACUCUCACAACUGUGGGGUAUGGGGACAUAAUUCCGGAGACUCCUGGCGGAAAGGCACUGGGCUCCGUUGUGGCAUUUGCCGGCGUUGGCUUGUUUGGGCUGCCGGCUGGUAUCAUCUCUUCUGGAUUUUCGGAGAUUUUCUCAAAAGGACAUGAUCAGUGCAAAUGCCAGCAGCUGGAAGCAGAUGUUGCCCGCCUGGUGACUUUGCAGAAAGAUGUGCUUGCAGAGCUUCAAGGACUAAGAUCUCAAGUUGCGGCUCUGCAGCAUGUUGCCUCAGAGGAGAAACCUGGAAAAAGGAGCAGCCACGGCUGA